UUUAGCACUGGGCAUAGAAUUUUAAUUGUUGAUGUUUUCUUGAUGUUGUACUGUGCAGGUAGAGAAUGCAAUGGAAAAUACCCUAUUAGCACAAUAUCUAUCUGAAGAUCAUACAGAGGACACGGAAUUGGAAGUGCUCAUCAACAUUGCGCUAACUUUGAUAGACAUUUUCAAUAAGAGAGUUGCAAGACAAGAAUCCGAGCGUAGAAACAGGUUUCGGCGAUACAUACAUAACAGGACAGAGGCUUUGCUCUCAAUGAACAUGCUCCUACACAUUGCAGUAGAUGGAAACCUGCAGAGAAGAUGUUGGUCUCUACCGAAAAACCGGAAUUGGUGGGAAAAUGUAAUGUUGUCAGAGUGGAGUGAUGUAUUUUGGUUGAAACAUUUCAG